AUGUCGCGGGGCCUCGCCAGCAGCCGCUGCGCCUCCAGCCGCCGCUCGAGGUCGUGCAGCAGCAGCUCCAGCCGGCUGGGCCGCCACUGCAGCAGCAGCAGCAGCAGCAGCAGCGGCAGCAGCAGCAGCAGCAGCGGCAGCAGCGGCAGCAGCAGGGCAAAGGCGAGGAACGCAGGUCCAGUCGGCGCCGGAGCCACCGCAGCAGCAGCAGCACCGGUGCCAGGAGAUGCGGAGGAGGCAGCAGCAAAGGCAGCAGCAGCAGCACCAGCAGAACCAGCAGCAGCAGCAGCAGCAGCAGCGGCAGCGGCAGCACAGCAGCGGUAG